AAUACGCGGGAAUAUGGAACGUUUAUCCCAGUAAUUAAUAUCAGCUCUGCGACGAGAAGACUUAAAAACAUUACACUUCCUCAGCAUCUGAUAAUUAUUUCCAUAUAUCUCAAAAUAGCUUUGAAGAGAAACGUGGUUCAGUUUACUAGCUGCAUUACGACUUGAGUCGGGUCAGCUUGCGCAUUCCGCUCGCAGGUAAUGUUCUUUAUGUCAAAGUGGCCUUUUUUAGCAUUAAACCGAAUGCAAGACGCGUCCGAAUACACGUCGGGUUUUACCUGCGCAGUAACAGGCGUGACUAAAAAGCGAAUGCUGUUUAAAUGAGCUGAAACUAACCCAAAUAUCCGGGAUUUCCGGUGGGGAAAAUACGGAAGAGAGGUGUUCUGUGCGCUACGUGGCCACCUGUGACAGCAGCAACCGUAGCAGCAGCUCGCGCUGACAGUUUGACAUGAUGGAGUUUGACAGAGCAGAACAAGACGACGACAGGACAGGGACAACCAGCGAGAACGGCACUGCCACCGAAACCCACGCCGAGGAAGGCUGUAAAUCAUGCGGGGACCACGGAGAGCCUCAGAAGUCGUGGAGUUUGGAGAGAAACUGGGGGUUUGCUUUAGAGGAGCUCUUCAAACUUGCGCUGAAAUUCUUUAAAGAGAUGAAUGGGAAGGCGUUCAACCCGACAUAUGAAGAAAAUCUCCGUUUGGUUGCACUACAUAAGCAGAUCACAAUCGGUCCUUAUGAUCCAAAUGCAUGUCCAGAAAUUGGGUUCUUUGAUGUACUAGGAAACGACAGAAGGAAGGAAUGGCUACGGCUGGGCAGCAUGGCUAAAGAAGAUGCCAUGGAGGACUUCGUGAAGCUUCUGAACUCCUGUUGUGGCCUGUUUGCAACAUACGUGACAUCGCAUAAGAUUGAGAAGGAGGAGCAGGAGAAGAGACGAAAAGAAGAGGAAGAACGUCUCCGGCUGGAGAGAGAAGAGCAGGAGCGGCAGAGACUGGAAGAAGAAGCGCGGCGCAGAGAGGAAGAAGAGAGGAGGACAAAAGAAGAGGAACAGAGAAGAAAAGAUGAGAUGGAGAGGUUAAAGAUAGAGCAGCAAAAACAACAGAUCAUGGCUGUGCUGAAUGCACAAACGGCGGUACAGUUUCAACAGUAUGCCAAACAGCAGUAUCCAGACGAUCCAGACCAGCAGCAGUUACUCAUCAGACAGCUGCAGGAACAGCACUACCAACAGUACAUGCACCAGGCCCUCCGCUUACAGCAGAUGGCCUUACAGAAGCAGCAGGACUCGAAUGUGAAUCAAAUGUCAGAAGAUGUUCCUUCUCCUGUGUCAAAUGAAGUUGUGCCCACCUGCAAUUCCAACAGCCAAUCGAAUUCAUUAGAGAUCCAGGAACAACAGACAGACUCAAAAGCCUUCCAUUUAUGUGUAGAAGGCAAACCAGGAGAAGUACCCAUCAUUGCUCCCUCUAUGUGGACACGGCCUCAGAUUAAAGAGUUCAAGGAAAAGGUGUUGCACGACCAUGACUCUGUGAUCACAGUGGGCCGAGGGGAGGUGUUGACGGUACGGGUGCCCACUCAUCAGGAUGGCUCGCAUCUGUUUUGGGAAUUUGCCACGGAUCACUACGAUAUCGGCUUUGGGCUGUACUUUGAGUGGAAGGACGUGACCAUGCCGGCAAGCGCUGCAGCCACAGAAGAACAAGUUGAAGGAGAGAAGCAGACAGAACAUCGUCCAGUACUACAUGAGACACAGAAAGAACAUUGCCCACUACUACAUGAGAUUGUUCCCGUUUCCCGUCGUGACAGCCAUGAGGAAGUUUAUGCAGGCAGUCACCAGUAUCCUGGUCAAGGAGUUCAUCUUUUGAAAUUUGACAAUUCGUACUCCCUCUGGAGGCCAAAGGUUGUCUAUUACAGAGUUUAUUACACCCGAUAACCAUCAGCAGACCAGGUUCUGCAUUCACAAUCCACCUUUGAGCAUUUUAAGAAAGUCUUUUAACAGAGGUCCAGUGCUCAAGCUGUUGAAAAAUGCCGUUUGUUUUGAAUGCAAAUGAAUUUGCAUUGCGUUCUCAUGAUACCAUUAUCCUGCUUUGGACACAUGAAGUCCUUGGAUAUCCUAUGCUUUUAUAUAUAU